AUGUCGCAUAAGACCCUAAUAGAUUUCGUAGUGAAAUAUCAGUCUCCGCGAUUGCUCAAUAGUUUUGUCUUUUUUCCAAGCCAUGGAAAUUCGUUUCUGGGAAGAAGAAUAUCAUUUCCAGUGCCGGUUUCAUCUUCUACUCCACGAACUGAAUCAUCAAGACAGUUUAGUUCAAGUACUAUUAAAUUAAGUACAGUUCCUCUGACCGUUGAACCAAAGAAAUUUGAAGGAAAAUUUCAACUUAUGUACACAUGUAAGAAAUGCAACACAAGAAAUGCCAAAUUUAUUACAAAACUUGCAUAUUACAAAGGAGUUGUCAUAGUUAAUUGUGAUGGUUGUGUAAACAGACACCUAAUUGCAGAUAAUCUGAAUUGGUUCACAGACAUGAAUGGAAAGAAAAAUAUUGAAGACAUUAUGGCAGAAAAGGGUGAAACAGUACAAAAAAUUAUGUCUGAUGACUUAGAAUUUAUUGCUAAAGAAAUUAUUCAAAAAGAGAAACCUGAUCUUAUAGCAUAA